UUUGCUUUCAUCUCCAACUGAAUGAUCACCAACCGCUGCACGAUGUUACACAACUUAAAAUACUUCCAACUACUUUCUACUACCAUCAAAAUACUUGUUGGUCAUUCAUAUUUGGUUAAAUAGAGAGUAAGUUAAGGUCGCAGAAUACAUAUCCAAUUCUCUCAAGAGGAAAUCUUAAUUGACCUUUCCAGAUUCAUUUUUAGAAAUUACCUCCUUAGUAAGACACUAUGUCUCAACUCAUUCGAAUUGCUGUAUCAGGGGGCGGGCUUGCAGGUGUAUCCUUAUUGCAAGCUCUCCUUAAAUCCUCGCACUUAGAUAUACACAUUUUUGAGUCGGCCGCAGCAUUCAAAGAAUCAGGCAUGGCGAUUGGAAUAGCUCGCAAUGCUCUUGCCGCCCUCGAACUCAUUGGCCCCUCGGCGACUGAGUGCCUCAAGCGUGCUGGAGCCGUACCUAUGAAAGGGGUCCGCUUCAUGCUAGCUCAGGGCGAAAGUCAAGGCAGCUUGAUUGAUGAAGUAGACGGUGAGCAGCUUCUAGCAGGCGUCCCGGAAGAACGAAUGCAUGCUGCCAAAAAAAAAAAACUUGACGAGACCAAACGGAAUGAUGACGGGUCUCUCAUACUUCAUUUUACAGACGGGACCACCCAUGAAUGCGAUAUUCUCAUCGGUGCGGACGGUAUUCACAGCACUGAUGACCCCGCUGCUUCACCUAGGAACACAGGCACCUGGUUGGUGAUGACUCUUCAACCCUUCUCCAUUGAAGAUGCUCGCGAAUAUUCUUGGAUUAGAGAUGGCUCCUUCAUACUCCAUAAUCUACUAAGCGACGGCCAAUUGGUGCAGUUCGUUAUUGCAUCGUAUGACAAGGAAGCCGAGUCAACCGAUCGUUGGAACCGAUCCGUGAAUGCCGAAGAGAUCAAAAGCCUCUAUAAAGACUGGCCACCGCAUUUAAGCAAGGCCGUCGAUGAGUUAUUAUGUGACCAACCCGAACAUCAAGGGAUGUACUUAUGGGAACACCCACCGGCCCACACUUACGUAUCUGGUCCCAUUUGUGUUAUGGGCGACGCUGCCCAUGCUACCACUCCUUGGCAAGGUUCAGGGGGCGGCAUGUCUAUUGAAGAUAGUCUUGUUCUUUCAACCUUACUCGGGUGCGCUAAAACACCUUCUGAGGCGGUAACUGCUUUAAAAGUGUAUGACCAGGUUCGACGCCCCCGUACACAUCGUAUUGUCGAGUCAAGCCACGGGACUGGCAUGAUUAUGAGAGGCAGAGGUAAGGAUAUAGGACUAGAUUUGGGGAAGCUUCGAGAGAAGUUGCUGCCAAGACGGGACUUCAUCGUCGAUUAUGAUAAUGAGAAACAUUUGAAGAAGGCAGUAGAGAUAAUGAAAGGCGAGUUAAAGGGUUAG